GCCGAAGACAGCAGUAAAUACAACAACAUCCCAUUCCCCAUCAAAACUUGCCUUGUAAUAUUUGGUCGGAGUGGUCCAUGUGUAUUCCCCUUAUAGUUAUCUCUCACAAGAUUCCAAAUGAUUGCAUCAGACUGACUUUCACAGUUGCUCAAUUUGAGAGUAUACAGUAUUCGUGUUUCGUUCUCUUUUUCUUUCCUGAACGAAAUGCUGUUAGUUUGAGUUGAGCACACAUGCCCACUCCGACAUCCGUCCAGUAGCUCAGUUCUCAACGCGUUUAGAAGAUUUGAGGAUGGCGUUUUCGGUGUUGGGAUCAUUGGGUUCUCAUGUUUUUGUAAGAACUUCUCAUCAGAGACCUUUAACUAUUCAAUCGGUCAGAGAAAGAGGGAGGCGCAAUAUUAGUUUCAAGCUCUCAAGGUCAAGGGUUAUGUCAAGCAAGUCUGAAUUAGUUGAUUUUGAUGAGAGAACAAGCCCGAUUGAGGUCAGGAAAGAGAUUGAACGAUGCUAUGAACUGAUACAUAGACUUGGGAGAGGGGUCGUGUAUUUGGGAUCUUCAAGGAUGGGACCUGAUCAUUCACAUUAUUUGCAAGUACUUGAGUUGGGUAGAGAGAUUGCAAACCUUUUGGAAUGUACUUCAUGGACGGGGGCUGGUCCAGGGCUAAUGGAUGCUGCUACUAAAGGUGCUUUGCAAGCAGGAAAAUCAGUUGGUGGAUUUAAGAUUGGUAAAGAAGCUGGCGAAUGGACAGCGUCAAAUUACCAUCCUUACCUGCCUUCAGAAGUUUAUCUAACAUGCAGGUUUUUCUCUGCUAGAAAACAUGGGCUGGUAGAUGCUGCAGUAAGAAGCAGUAGUGCUGAUAGGACCGCAGUUGUUGCUCUCCCUGGUGGGAUUGGUACUCUAGAUGAAAUUUUUGAGAUAUUAGCACUAAUUCAGCUACAACGGAUUGGAUCAGAGCUUCCAGUUCCAUUCUUGUUGAUGAACUAUGACUCGUUCUACUCAAAGCUACUGGACUUUCUUGAUGAUUGUGAGGAUUGGGGUACUCUCUCCAAGGGAGAGGUUUCAUCUCUGUGGAAGGUUUGUGAUAGCAACUCUGAGGCUCUAUCUUAUUUGUCAGAUUUUUAUAACCUACAUGCUAGUGACAAAGGUAACCAUGAAAAAGAAUAGCUUAGUGCAAGCUGAACGAUUUCGUGAUAACAUUUGGAGUUGAUGAAGUGGUUGUCCGUAUUUCCCAUUAGUGUAUCUGCAAUAUAUGAUAAUGGUGUGAAAGCCUGUUGAGAACUUAACAAUUUAAAAAACACUGAAUAUUGUUCGUUAUGGACUAAACUUCAUUUUGGAAUCGUAUUCGAUACUAACAUCAAAAGGUAAGGGGAUUUGCUUGAAAGGUUGGGGAAGAGACUAGGAAAGCUUCUGGCAUUUAUGGAAACUCUCAGAAGAUGGUCAUGAAUGUUCAUGGAACGUUUGAUGCUCAGGUCCUCGCCAUUAGACUCGCAGUAUGGCCCAUGAUUGAGUGAGCGAAGUUUAGGGGUUGUAGCAGUUCCGUUGCAAUUAUCCCAACUAUGUAAUUCUCUAUACUGGGAUGUCUAUAUGCAUGUAUGAUUGAAUAUUCUUGCAUUGGAAGAACUGCCAUUAAUUAUCGAUGAGUUGGAUUAAGCAUUAUCGUA